AUGCUUUUUGAGAGCGAAAAGGUCAAAGAUCCAAUAAAAAAGGAUUGUUUUGGCCUGGGGUUCAAGUCAGUGUUCCAUGUUACAGGUAAGAACGCGUUCACUGAGGCGGUUAUUUAUUUCUUUCUCUUAACCGCAAAACUAGCCACCAAAAGACCCCCAAAACGUGCAUUAACUCCAAUUUAUACACCAAUACAUUCUAAAACGGAAAAGUCAGAAGCUAUAAUUUAAGAAUAACGCAAGAAUAUUUUUAGCCUAAAAUCGGUAGAACAAUAAGAAUAUUCAGCCUGGGCAGGAAAAACAACAUUCUCUUUAAAAGAAAGAGUGUACUACCUUUUUCAAUACGCUACAAGUGUGGUACAUCCAAUGCAAAUGACAAUAGCGUGUAAUAUUAAAAUUAAUAGGUUCACUUUGUUAAUGUUAAGCCUGGUCAAGUACCUAAACUUCAUCUCUAGUUGAUUCUCAUAUCGCAUUCUUACUUAACCACAGAUCUACCAAGCAUCAUGAGCACCUCGCAGAUCGGCGUAAUUGAUCCACACGAGAGAUGCUUUGAAGAAGGACUUACAGGAUAUAGCUGGGACAUAAGAGAUGACAGUGAUAUCAUGAACACCAUACCAGACCAGUUUGCUCCUUACAGGGGAGUAUUUGACGGCCCAGAGGACAUUUUCACCACCGGCUCAUACAAGGGUACUCUUUUCCGCUUUCCACUACGAACUGAGCCGUCCAAGUUAUCAGAGACUUUGUAUUCUGCCGAAAAGAUUAACGAUUUGUUCCAUAGCUUCAUGGCUGAUGCCCACUUGGUUCUUCUGUUUAUGCAACAUCUUGAAAGUAUUGAACUGUACGCUCGUGAAGAGUUAGAAAAGGAAGCCAGAAGAAUGUUUCAAGUCAGAAUAUCCGAAGAAAGCCUUCCGUUGGUACGAGAAAAGAGAAAGGAGUUUCAAGAAGCAGUCCCUAGCGGUCAGCUUUUGCCCCACUCAGUCCACGUCACUUAUCCAAUUACGAUUGAGACAGUACAAUAUCACCAAGGGGUAGAAGCAGGCAAACACAGUCAUUCGUACCUUGUAACCAGUUAUGUUUGUGGCGGGGAUUUAUCGUCUGAAUUUCAAGCGCUUGUUGUGGAUCCAAGUCUCAGCUACCUACCCUUAGUUGGCGUUGCCAUGGCAUUGCCCUCAAGCCCCCAGGAUCCCGUCCCAGAAAUUCAAGGUCACGUAUUUUGUGUCUUGCCGUUACCGGUGCCAGCCGGAAAGACCAGUCUGACAGGUUUACCAGUGCAUGUGAAUGGCUUCUUUGCCCAAAAUCAGAAUAGAGGUCAUAUCAAGUUUCCAACCGCUGAACAGGAAGGUCACCUUUUAACUGACAAAUCCUUAAAAUGGAAUCAGUGUCUUUUAGAAGAGGCCAUACCCCAAGCCCAUGCCACGAUGAUUUUAGAAGCCAUCAACGACAAGAGCUUCAAAGUGCAAGCAGCGACCGUUUACCAGUAAGUGAUAACUGUAAGAAAGUGUAAAGCCAGGGGUCAAUAUAAUAAAACUUUCACAAGUAUAAUUGACAAGUAAAGUUAUUGUUUUGGAGUCUGAAAAUAAUAGCUACACUUGACAAUAUUCUAGUAAAAGUUUUAUUAAUUUGACCCCAGUAUAAUCUGCGAACAUAAUUCCCCGUGGUUGCUUUCUUUCUGCGGACCAAGUAGUCCCUUCUGUUUAUGACGUAUAAAUGGAAGCACCCUUUCUAAAAGGCAAUUAUGAUGAAACGUUAGCAUCUCAUCCAUGAAAUUGUAUUCUACAUAAGUUGGAAAACCAAUAGCUGCCUUACCUCUAAGUAGUACUAAAGCUAAGACUUUCAUAUUGUCGCUACAAUCGUUAAAAUAGACCAGCUAUCUUAACGAUUGUCGAAGAGUUUUGUCCAUACAGUCGAACCUCCACUAUCUGCCACCUCUCUACAACGGCCACUAUAUUUUGCUCGGCGGACAGUCCAAACAUUGACUCUUAUUUAAACCUCUCUACAACGCAACGGCCACUAACACCUGUUACCAACUGUCAAAUAUCCUCCUCGACAAGUCAGCGACCGAUGAAAAAGUCAACAAUGAUCAUAAAAUUUGAUCCGUAUGGCACGUUGUUAUUAGCCUGUUCCAGGCUCUCAGAUAGUGGGGAAGACACGAAAGAAAAAGGCACGGGAAAAAGUGGCGGGGCGGUAAAAAGGAAAAGGAAGGAAAAGAGAGAGCCUGUAAUCAUUUCUUUUACGACCAUCUUCCGCCCACUUUUGGUACGUUUGAGAUUAUUAGAUUUCGGCUGUUAAACUGUUGAAAUGGCAAUGAGUUGGAAUCUUUCUCAAAUUUCUCGCGAGAUUAUUUUGCGUGGCGCUAAUCCCUUAUGUGAGUGUGAGCAAUCUGGAGUGUAAAAAGCGAGUCGGUAGGCAACACACGACUUUUAUCUCGAGCCAAAAUGGUGCUUGUUUCAGCGAAUAUUUUCUCUUACAGGUAGAUUAUGCUCCGGAGGGGUUUACACUUUGACUGAGCAAACUAUGUGAUUUUUGCAACCUGUUUCAUGCUGAGUGGUCGUGAGACGCAUAUUGAUUUUCUGAGGUUAUUGCUUCUGAUCGGCAUGAUUGAUGAUUUGCCCUCUGAUGCAACAGCGUUUUCUUUGAACUCUCUGGAAAUGUAAAGUUCUUCAUUGCGGCUAAAUAAGGGUUUUAGGUUGUUUAUUUUUCUCCAAAGGCCCCCUUUGUUCUGAAUAACUGAAAGCGAUUUUCGUUUGUCCGUCAAUGUGAUGGUCUCCUACAAUGAGUUUCGUCACGCUGGGCCCAGCUCAUUAGUGUUUUUGCAAGAUGUUAAAUUCUCACGGAUAGUGAUUCACAGAUACAAACUUCGAAAAAUGGAUUGCAGCUUAAACUGAAGCUACUGUAAACAUGGAAAACUACGUUGUAAGUCAGUCAAGAUUGCUCUUAAGCAAUUAUUUUUAAACUCCAGCUUGUUCUUCUAAAGGGAUCUAAAAAUAAUGUGAGUCUGGACUGGAGCGCGUAGAUAACUCCUUCUUGCGACUGUUCUGUUAUUGCCACUUUGUUAUCAAGCAAGCCCGAAACCGGUCGGCAGGCUUACAAAAACAUCUUUUCUACGUGCCGAGUUCACAAGGCAGGUCUUCUCUUCCUUCCUCAGCGCUCCUAUGUGCGGGAAAUCUCGUAAACUGAAUUCGUUCAACACAGGAGUUGUCAUGGAUUCCUCUAUUUCACUCGCGUGGACGCCGCACGCCAUCUUUGUAAGUGACAGGAACUACCCGCUUUGAGAGUGUUGGUAUAAUCUGUCAAAUCUGACCAGUCAGAGGGUAUACCAGCAGCUGGUAUACCGGAACGGGUCUUUUAACGAAAUGAUUACAGGCUCCACCGCCCCUCCUCUCCCCAGUUUCCUCCCGUAUUAUUUUCGUGUUUGCGCUUUCUCAAUUCAGCGGACCCGACUAUCUCGGAACCUGGAACAGGCUACGUUGUUAUUGCCGAUUGCAUUUUGACUUUGUUUCAUGUAUACUGCAGUAAGCAUAAUUUGUGUACAAUACUUAUCGCGAAUGUUGCGAACCCCGCUCGUUUUGUCACGUUGACAUUUUGAUUCAAAAUCUUAAUUCACGUUUUUAUGUGUAUUUUAUCUCUCUAUAUUUUUUAUGAUUGGAUUACCAUUAUGGGACUCACUAACCAUGACAUAAGCACAAUAAACAUGUACUCCUCCCAAAAAAUUGUCAUAUUACACCACUACCUCCCCAUAACUGCCAUCUCUCUACAACGGCCACUUUCUUCUGUCCCCGAGGUGGCCUUGGUGGAGAGGUUCGACUGUAUAUUCGCUGUGUUACCUGGACAUAUUUCUCUGAGUUGCUAGUCAUCAUAUGGACACCAGCAUCCUUGAGGAGAUAAAUCGCUUCGAUAUUUCAUUAUGCUGCCUCCAACGAAAUUGCAUUGGCCUCUGUCAUUGCACUCAUAACCUCAACAACUAAAAUUUUUCAUUCAUUUGAACAAUGAUGAUUCAUUUACUUUGUUACAGAGCGUGGCCAGAUUUCAUACGAGUCAACCAGAAAUGGAAGAGCGUUGUGGAACCAUUGUUUCGGAUCCUUAAAGGCAAGGAAAUUGUGUACACCAAAGUCAAUGGGGGGAAAUGGCUCCUUGCUGAAAAUGCAAUUUUCAACCAGGUACCUGAAAAACAUCUUAAAGAGCUACUUCAAAGUGUCUUGCUUGCAGCGAACGUUCCAGUUGUCUCUGUACAAAGCCAUGUUAUGGAUGCCAUCAGCUCUUUUAUCGACGCUAAGGAUAUCAAGAAUAUCACAGCUAGCGCCAUGAGAAAAGAAUUGAGGAACGCUUCAGCUUGUUAUAAAAACCUUAUGAGGCAUGAAAAGCUGCAGCUUCUUCAGUUCUGUUUACAAGAUCACCAAUAUGACGACCUUGGCGGCCUGGAACUUUUGCCUCUCUCCAAUGACACAUUUACUACCUUUUCAGCCCGUGCCCACGAAAUCUACAUCAGCUCGCCUGAGCAUUCUCAAGAUCUUCUACCUGGCCUAGAGCACCGCUUCUUAGAUGGAAUGGUGGAUUCAGACAUCCGUCAAAAGCUGAAUUGCGCCGCCAGACAAGGUCAGUCAAAGUACAAGGUAGCACUGCUCGGAGACUCCUCUUUGUGGGUGACACCAUUUACCGAGGGGAAAUUUUUCAGGAUUUAUCAUUAGUGCAAAGUUUCAUGCCCUCGUCAUCCCGCCUGCCUCAAUUCUUGGCGCUAAUUUUCUGGUUUUAAAUCGGAUUCAAGAAUACUAGGUUAUCCCUUUGCGAGUCCUUUUAAUCCCGUUGAGCAAUGUGGUAAUUUGAAAAUUUAAGUUUGGAAAUGAUUAAUCUCCUUCAUAACCGUUCUAGCUUAAUCCCUUUAAAUGCAUAUAUAGUCCAGAUGAUUGAUACAAUGUGUACCAAGCUACCAGUACCAAUUUGGUUAUUAACAACGCCAUGAUAUUAUCUUUUAGUUGUUUAUUUUUUUUGUUCCGUGCUGACAUACAAAGAUGCCAACGUCCAUCUUUCAAAUAAUUCAGAAGCUGUGUCUUGUUAAUAGUUAUCUUAAUUCGAAGGGAGUACCUGAAAACAGUAGAUAAUUUUGACAGCGGCAGGCACUCCCUCUUUACGCUAAUGAUUUACUUUCAUAGAAUGCACCCAGCUACGACUUCUCGCCGAAACCGACGUGAUAGUUCUACUUAAAGAAUUUCUGCCUUCCGAGUGGAGUCAAGGAAAAACUGUUCUGUGGCACCCAGAAGACAAAAACCACAACCAUCCCCCAAGAGACUGGAUCGAGCUCAUUUGGAGAUACGUUCGCGACCAUUUCUCUACUACAGAGAGGCUUCACCGACUUCAGAACUUUUCCUUAAUUCCAGUCAGCAUGAAACAGUCAACUGUUACUUUGAGGCCACUUAAUAAUCCUUCCACAAUCGUGAUUAAAAGCUUGGGUGGGGACGUCAUCGAUGAUGCUUUGAUGCAUGUCUUGACAAAGAUGGGCGGGACUGUCUUGACUGAUUGUCCGGACUUUAUACUUGAUCACCCCUCUGUCCUUGAUACCUUUGUGCAUCGUCCCAAUGUCCAUGGCAUUUUUAAGACAAUAGUGAACUUAGACUCCAAGUUUACCACUAAAAAGUUGUCCGAAGUCGUGAGAGGGGUUUCUGCAAGAGAAAAGCGAAGUUUGAGAUCGUUCCUUGCUAAUGUUAAACCAGUGCAGGUAGGAAAAAAAGAAAGAAAUCUCAUGUGCUCUCUUCCGAUUUUUGAGACGUUCUCCAAAAGGUUUGUGUCCAAAAAUGAAGGUCUGCCAGCAGCGGGUAUCGAAUCUCUUCCCAUUCAACCGAGACAGGAACUCAUUGACAUUUCUCAAGAAGAAUCUAGGAGUCUAGCUCUCCUUCUUGAAGUUCGGAUUCUUAAACCAACAGAAGUGCUCUGCGAAGCAGUAUUUCCUGACAUCCAAAACGGCAAGUAUAAUGGAGGGCAGAUUGAUAAGUUAAUGUCCUAUGUGCUCACGCAUUUUUCGAACACCAUUCGUUCCGAUGCUUUCUUCAAGCGGGAUAUGCAAGCGUUGCCAUUCUUGCCAAAGGCAAAUAAGAGUCCUCGGGUGAAGACAACGGAUGUCUUUGAUCCCAGAAGUGAGAGCUUAAGGCAAAUAUUUGUCACGGAAAAUGUUUUUCCCGUCGGCCAGUUGUAUAACGAUCCCAUCGUCCUAAACGUUUUGGAAGAAAUUGGAAUGAAAAGCGAAUCCAAUAUCACUGUGAAAGACCUCCUUCAAAGCGCUGUAAGCGUUAGUGUGCUUUCAGACCCUUCAACAGCAAGACAGAAGUCUCAUGCAAUUUUGCAGCAUCUUGAACGUCAUCCACAGAAACUUAAAAGCAAAAUUGAUGGAGAAGAGUUGGGAUCGCUACUGAUGAAAAUCCAUUGGCUGCCACGGUUGCGCCAGAAAACAGCAAAUUUCCCGCCUUCACUCCCGUGGUUUGAAGCAGGAAAAGGAGAAAGACCCUUUUUCCAGCCUUCUGAACUGAAGAGCCCUCAACUGAUCAAUCUCAUCGGAACAGUUAAACCGGUUAUCGACUUUGAGUACUCAACUGAAGUCGCGGAUUACUUUGGCUGGCUGAAGAAACCAGACGUCGCUGAUGUAGUUAAGCAUUUGCAGAAGGCAGUCAGGCAUUACAUUGAGGAAGAGAAGGCGUAUUACAGUGUUUUGGUAAACGAAGUCUAUUCGUUUUUGAGCAGUGCAAACUAUGAUGAAGUCUCAGAAGCACUAGAAUAUCCACAGUUCAACUGGGUGUGGAAUGGAGACGGCUUUUCCUCCCCUAGCCACGUGCUUGCCAUUGAGCCAGCCAUUAACCUCGCACCGUUCAUUCGCAUUCUUCCUCCGGAGAUGACGAAACACUCUCAGAUGUUCGCCCACUUUGGCAUGCGGACAAAAAGUGAUCCAUCUCUUCUAGUGCAAGUUCUUGACUUGAUAAAAGACAAGUACGAUGAUUGUAAUUCGCCAUUUGCAGCCUCUGAAGUAAAACACGAUCUCCAGUUAUCGGUCGACAUUUUGAACGAGUUGGCAAGUCAGGAAUUAUCGCCUAAGGUCCAGGGAAAGAUUCUUUUUCCUGUCCGUGUAAAGGACAAAUUGAAAGUUCAGCUUGCACCAGUCGAGCACUGCAUGUACAAUGAUCAAAAAGAGGAGCUGCACAGUGAAGGCGAGGAUGGAGAGCCUAAAUACUAUUACGUGCAUUCUAAUGUACCUAACAACACUGCUGUUCGACUUGGUGUACCAUCGUUAACAAAUAGACUGUUGGACCCUGAUGAGCUAUCAAUUGAAGAAGAGUUUAGACGGGAGGAGAAGCUUAGUACUCGAUUGAAUCGACUUCUAGAAGACUACAAGGAUGGUCUUUCAGUGCUAACAGAGCUCGUGAAAAACGCAGAUGAUGCUGGAGCCACUGACGUUAGAUUUCUUUACGAUGAAAGGACGAACGAGGAUGCUAUGACGUUUCUCAUUGACGAGGGAAUGAAAAAAUGCCAAGGUCCCGCUCUCUGGGUGUACAACGAUGCAACAUUCAAGGAUGAGGAUUUUGUCAACAUCACAAAACUUAAUGAAGCAACCAGUGUGUAUGACACUGAAAAGAUCGGUAGAUUUGGACUUGGAUUUAAUGCAGCGUACAACCUUACAGAUGUGCCGAUGUUUGUAAGUAAGAACUAUUUUGUCAUACUUGAUCCUAACACAUCUCACCUGGGAACUGCCAUCAAGGACACAAGAAAGACAUGUAUGAAGAUUAAUCUCAAUAAAAACGUCAGAAACCUGCAGACCUUUAAAAAUCAGUUUAAACCGUUCAAUGGCGUAUUUGGCUGUGAUUUGAGCCUUGACAAGGAAGACUACUCGUACGAUGGUACGCUUUUCAGAUUUCCAUUGAGAUCAAGGGAACAGGCAGCAGUCAGUGAGAUCAGAGACAAGUUUUACGACGACCACGAAAUGAGGAAACUGUUUGAAAUGUUUCUCGAGAAAGCAAACACGGUUCUUCUUUUUACGCAAAACAUAUUCCGCGUUGGAAUUUACUUUUUACCAAAAUCAUUAGGGCAGAAUCCACAACCGUCGCUACUGUUUCAGGUAAACAAAUCACUCGCCCAAGGAGGAAUACUGAGAGAAUUGUCUUUCCCUAUCGCACUACCAGACACUUCGCACAAACUAAGUGCAGAACAGAAGAAGUUGUUGGUGCAGUCUAAUUUUCUUCAAGCAUCAUCCAAGGUUAAAAUAAUUUCCAAGAGGAGAGGAGUCAAACCAACUGAAUUCCCUGAAUCAUCCAUUGUCGUUGAUGUGGAAUGA